GCCUGUCCGCAGAAGCCCGCGCAACGCCUCCCCCCGCAGAACAACAAUCCUCUCUGUGUAUUCCCUCGGCCCCCACCGGCGCCGCCGCCCGACUCCGCCGAGCUCAUUUCCCUCACCCUCUGUCUCUCUCUCCGUCGUCGCGCCGGCGCCGCCGGGACGCUGUACUCCGGCUCCCUGGACCCGAUAGUUCCUCGUCCCCAGUUCGUUCGACGAGGAAAUUCUUCGGGUGACUGCAGGAGAUGGCGGCGUUCCUGAGGUCAAAGUGCUCGUCAGUUGGGCGUACCUUGAUGGGAAGCGUUGGAAACAAUCUGUAUGGGGGUAUCAAUUCGUCUGCUGAAACUGUGACAAGACCAUCUCACUGUGAUGCUAUCAGCCAGCAAAUCAGGACAUUCAUCCAGAUGAGAACCAACCUCAAGGUGGUAGACAACUCUGGAGCCAAACGGGUCAUGUGCAUACAGUCCUUGAGGGGGAAGAAAGGAGCAAGGCUAGGGGACAUGAUAAUUGGCUCUGUGAAGGAAGCGCAACCUCGCGGCAAGGUCAAGAAAGGUGAUGUGGUCUACGGUGUGGUUGUCCGUGCUGCUAUGAAGAAAGGACGUAGUGAUGGCAGCGAGGUCCAGUUCGAUGACAACGCUAUUGUCAUCGUGAACAACAAAGGCGAGCUGAUUGGCACUCGCGUCUUCGGUCCUGUUCCCCAUGAGCUCAGGAAGAAGAAGCAUCUCAAGAUCUUGGCGUUGGCUGAACACAUAGUUUGAGACCUUACCCUGUUUAGUCAUAUCUCUCUUUUAUUUUAAUGGAAUGGAAUUAACAUUGCUCCAGUAAUGUUUUGCUUGUCCCUGCAGUCAUUCCACCUUUCCUUUGGUAAUUUGUGUCUGGAAGAAUGUACCCUAAAAGGAGAAUUUGUACCAAUCAAACUAUAGGGAGCCCUCGGCAGAUCAAGUUUUAUAGCACAUUUAAUCUGAAUGUUUCGCUGCAACGGCGAAAAUAUGUUCCUUA